AUGCAAAUUACAGAAAAAGAAACAGUACAAGAAGAACAACAAAAAUUACUAUAUCCACCACCUUCUUUUAGUACAAAAUGUCAUAUAUCAUCAGUAGAACAAUAUAAUGAAAUGUAUAAAGAAAGUAUUGAAUCACCAAAUCAAUUUUGGGAUAAAAAAGCUAAAGAAUUUUUAACUUGGUUUUCUGAUUAUACAACUGUUCAACAUGGAUCAUUCGAAAAAGGUGAUAUUUCAUGGUUUUUAAAUGGUAAAAUUAAUGUUUCAUAUAAUUGUAUCGAUAGACAUUUAAAAGAGAAUGCAGAUAAAGUUGCAAUACUAUUUGAAGGUGAUGAAGAAACAAUGGUUAAAAAAGUUACAUAUAGAGAGAUGUUUGAAGAGGUUUGUAGAUUAUCAAAUCUUUUGAUAUCACUUGGCGUUGGUAAAGGAGAUACGGUAGCGAUCUAUCUACCAAACACACCAACCGCCAUUUAUUCAAUGUUAGCAUGCGCUAGAAUUGGAGCAAUUCAUUCAGUUAUUUUUGCAGGAUUUGGUUAUGAAUCCAUUGUUUCACGUGUUCAUGAUGCAAAAUGUAGAGUGAUCAUAACGGCUGAUGAAGGUUUAAGAGGUGGUAGAUAUAUACCACUAAAAGAAAAGAUUGAUCAAGUUGUUCAACAUUGCAAAUUGGUACAACAUGUACUUGUUUUUAAAAAUACAGGUAGACCAACAAUUACAUUUAAUCCAUCAAUUGAUAUUUGGGCAGAUGAAGCAAUGUUGGAUCAUCGUCCAUAUUGUCCACCAGUUUGGUUAGAUUCAGAAGAUCCCUUAUUUAUCCUUUACACAAGUGGUAGCACUGGUACACCAAAGGGUUUAGUACAUACUCAGGCUGGUUAUCUACUAUACGCCGCAAUGACUCAUCGUUAUGUUUUCGAUUAUCACGAUUCCGAUGUUUAUGCUUGUAUGGCUGAUGUUGGUUGGAUUACAGGUCAUAGUUAUAUCGUUUAUGGUCCAUUGGCAAAUGGUGCAACAACUUUUAUCUUUGAGGGUACUCCUCUUUAUCCAACUCCAGCACGUUAUUGGGAAAUGGUACAACGUCAUAAAAUCACUCAAUUCUAUACAGCACCAACUGCAAUUCGUUCACUAAUGAAAUUCCCAAUAUCAUUUACUCAACAAUCCGAUAAAUCAUCCCUUAGAGUUUUAGGUUCAGUCGGUGAACCAAUUAAUCCUGAAGCCUGGAGAUGGUUCAAUACAAACGUUGGUGAAGGUCGUUGUGCAAUCGUUGAUACCUAUUGGCAAACUGAAAGUGGUGGUCAUUUAAUUACUCCAUUACCUGGUGUUACUUCAACUAAACCUGGUUCAGCAACUAAACCUUUCUUUGGUAUAGAAUUACAAGUUUUAGACUCAAAAACUGGUGAACGUUUAUAUAUUAAUCCCGAUAUCAAUGGUUGUAAAGAAAUUUCUGGUGUAUUGGCAAUCUCUAAACCUUGGCCAGGUAUUGCUCGUUCAGUUUAUCGUUCUCAUGGUCGUUAUCUUCAAACUUAUAUGACUCAAUAUAAAGGUCACUAUUUCACUGGUGAUGGUGUAAAACUUGACUCUGAUGGUUAUUAUUGGAUCGAAGGUAGAGUAGAUGAUGUUAUCAAUGUUAGUGGUCAUAGAUUAGGUACUGCUGAAUUAGAGAGUGCCCUCGUUGGUUGUUCAAUUUGUGCAGAGGCUGCCGUUGUUGGUUAUCCUCAUGAUAUCAAAGGUCAAGGUAUUUUAGCAUUUUGUACACUCAAAGAAGGUUAUCAAGAGGAUGAAUCAAAUGUUAUUAUGAUGUUAAAAAAAGAAGUUAGAAAUGUAAUUGGUCCAUUUGCAACACCUGAUGUAAUUGUUAUAACACCUUCACUUCCAAAAACUCGUAGUGGUAAAAUUAUGAGAAGAAUUCUUAGAAAAAUUGGUUGUCAUGAAUCUUCUGCUGAACAAUUAGGUGAUAUUUCAACUUUAGCUGAACCUGAAGUUGUCAAACUUUUAAUUGAAAAAGUUUCAAAAGUAAUUCCAAAAACUCAUUAA